GAAGCCAAUAGGAGUGCGCGUUGCUGACAGGCGGGGCGGACGGCCGCGGCCCGGGGCCAUGGGCCGGGAGCGGAGGCCGCGGCCGCCCAAGGCCGAGCCUGAGCCCGAGCCAGAACAGAGCUGCGGCUGAGCGCGGACUGCGUCCCUUGGGCGGGCGCGCUGGAGCCCGGCGGCUGUUGCUCGGCCCCGGGCGGCCCCCUCACACCGCCCAAGAAAAUGAAGAAGCGCCGGGAGCUGAACGCGCUCAUCGGCUUGGGCCCGGGGGACGGGCGCACCCGCCGCAGCCGCCGCAGCCGCCGUCGGGCCUGGAAGAGCGCUGCGGGCCACCGGCUGCUGCGCACCGAGCCACCCGCCUCGGGCUCCGCCUCCAGCUCCGAGGAUGAGGACGACGAUGAUGACGAUGACGACGACGAGGAGGACGAGGAGGAGCGCGGCCGGGGCGGCCCGGGGGGCGGCCGCACUCGCUUCGCCAGAGGUGACUGUUUCCGCUGCUGCAAGAUCUGCUACCCCCUCUGCGCAUUCGUCAUUCUGGCCGCGUGUGUGGUGGCCUGUGUGGGCCUGGUGUGGAUGCAGGUGGCCCUCAAGGAGGACCUGGACCUCCUCAAGGAGCAGUUCAGAGUCUUGGAAUCUAAUCAGAAAAGCUCAUUCCAAGAGAUCCCCAAACUAAAUGAAGAACUCCUCGGAAAACAAAAGCAACUGGAGAAGAUUGAAUCUGGAGACCUGGGGUUGAGCAAAGUCUGGAUAAACAUCACAGAAAUGACCAAACAGAUUGCUCUGUUGACUUCCACAGUGAACCACCUUAAAACCAACAUCAAAUCAGCUUCAGAUUUAAUUAGCCUGCCUGCCACUGUUGAGGGCCUUCAGAAGAGUGUGGCCUCCAUCGGGAGCACCUUGAACAGUGUCCGCCUUGCUGUGGAAGCCGUACAGAAAACAGUUGAUGAGCACAAGAAAACCAUCGAGACCCUCCAGAAUGACAUGAUCCAGCACUUCUCAAAGGAGACCAGCGAGAGCAUCAUGGCCACUCCAUCACCUUCCAUGGCCCCAGGCCUAGCCGGGAAAAGCCAAAGAGAAAAUUUCCAGCAGGACGUCCUGCAUCUUCAGAGCUCUUUAGAAGAGGUCAACAAUACCCUCGUGGGGUACCAGAGGCAGAAUGACCUUAAGCUUCUGGGGAUGGAUGGGACAGUCAGGAAUCUGACCCAGAGAGUCAACUCCAUAGAAAGCAGCUUGGUGGCUCUGAACAAGUUAGGAAAGAGAGAGAACCUGGCCUUCACCAUGAUGGCUGAUGGAGCUACUUCUCUAAAAAGAGACUCUCCUAGGACAGAUGGGGAAGAAGACCACAUCCAAAAGAAAGAAGACAGCCCAAACUCCCAGGCAUCCAAGCUGAGGGAGAAGGUACAGCUGAUAAAUGCUCUCACAGGCAAGUCGGAACCCAACAGACCCCCUGAGAACUCAGAGGAAGGGAAAACACAGAGUGCUGCAUUAAAGCCAUCAGCAUCUCCAAAGUUUUCCCCACGAUCUCUUGGAGCCCAGGGGGAGAAAGCUGCCCAUCUGAGACCUGUCUCCAUCCCAGGAAUUUCCAGCCUGACAGAUCUCCUGGAUUUGUUUCAAAGGAUGGGCCGGGGGCCCGAAGGAAAACUGUCCUACCAGGAUCUUCAGCACCUGCUUGGCCCUGCCAUCCCGUCUGCCCAGAGCCUGGCAGAGUUGGAUAUGGACAGAGACGGGAGCUACUCCUUCCCAGAACUGAGACUGGCUUUAGGCAUUGAGCAUAUGGAACAGAAUUAGUAUUGGAAACCCAGCACAGGCCUCCUGCUAGCCAGCCGUCGCCUGACAAGUGAGCCCUCCCUCAGUCCAGCAAUCCCCACGUCUUCAAAGCUGCGUAGCACCCCCCCCCCAGCACCUUUUUAACUCAUUUGGAGAAUCUAUAUAACGGCUAUUUUUUUAAAGAGGAGAAUAUUUCCUUCUGGUCAGAUGCUCAGCAGGAGCUAGGUGCUUUCAGGGCACCCACAAGAAUGUCGCUUUUAAAACUACCGCCAGUCCAGGGAGCCCUCCUUCCUCUCUAGUCCCUCUUGAGGGGACAACCAUGUCUUUAAACUGAGAAAUAUGUACAUAGAGAGAGGAACCCCUAUUUUCUAUUUUACAUAAAUUUGCCUUAAAUUAGCUGCACUUUAUAGAAACCCAGAAAAAUCUUGUCUUUUCUGUCCGAGAGGCCUUUUCCAAGCAUUUGUCAGUAGUUGACAUUGAGCAGGGAAUUGUAUGCAUUGGAGGGAUGGGAGAAAAUGGUUUAGAAUCAGCCAUUCAUGUCCCGACCCUUCCCAAUGACCCAGGAAGGAGGAAGGGGGGUAAGGAAGCUGCUGAAUCCCCCAGGUUUUCUCCCUAAGCAAUCACCCUGCCCCCUCACCCAGGUCUGACCAGCAGGGUCAGAAAAGGCCCCUGGGCCCCCUCCCAGCCUUGUUGGAUGCUUUCAGGUUGAUGAGCUUAGCUAAAGUGAUUGCAGGAAAGGAUGGUGUGGAUUCUCUUCCUCUUCCUGAGAUGUUGCCUUCCUCUCCCAGCCCUGCCUGCCCCCUCCCAAACCUGUGGCUAGGCCAGAUCCUCUCCUCCAGCGGAUGGGCUGGACACAGGCUGGUCUCAGCCUGCUCACCUGGACCUUUUCGCUGCUGCCAGCUGGUCUCAGAGCCUCCUUCUGGGAGGUUUCUGUGGGCAGCAAGUUCAAAAAGGGAAAUGUCAGAAGUGUCUGAUGAGACAGGAGAGCAGGAAUGCCCUUGAAUCUUAGCAAGUGCAAUAUCAUUUCUUCCCCAGCCCCUCUCAGUGGGGCAGGUGACACGUGUCCAGCGCUGGUAGGAAUAUUCUCUUGACCUGCCCAUCUGCCAUCCCCAAAAGUGGCCUCUGGAUCCCAGAGGAGGAAGCGUCCUUGCUCAUCACUGGCGCCCUUAUUUGGGGGCGCUGUUCUAGUUUGCAGGCCACGACUCUGAAACUUGGUGUUGAGCCCUUUGCAGCCUUGCAGUAAAGCCUUGUACCUACGCGGACAUCUGCUGUUCCUUUGGCAUGAUCCUGGACUUAGCUGGUUAACAAUAACCUUCUGUAGGCAUGUGAAGCUCAACCACGGAUGAGCAGGCUGAAGCCCUUCUCUGCCAGGGUGAGUCACAUCUGGCUGCCGGCUCCUUUCCCUGCAUCCCCCUCUGGCCAUUGCUAUUGCCCAAGAGGAGUACUUGAUCUGCUCUGAAGUCUUGGAACCCCAUUUCAAAGUAGCCUGAACCCCCUUGGGUGCCCGAGACGCCCUGUCCUGGCCAUGCCUGUGACCCCAUUUUAUAUGUCCCUAUCAGUUCUCUAACAACCAAAUAAAAUUCUAGCAAUAAAUUGAUCACUCCACGAGCUGUACAUAUUGUACCAUAGAUCUUGUGUCUAUACCUGUGAGUUUAUUUUUGUUUUGUUCUGAGUUUUUUUGAAAACUUAAUUUCUAUGAAACAUUUAAGAGCACAAUGUUAGCUGCCCUUUUUCGUUUCAUAGCAGUUGUUCACGGGUCAGGGGAGAACCCUUGCUUAGCUCUUAGUUAAAAAGCCAGGCCAGGCCAGGCCAGUCAGAGAGUGAAUCUACCUUUGCCAGCCAAGCCCAAGCAGGGAGGUCCCAAGGUUGAGUCACCGGCCUCAGCCAAGACGGUGGCUUCCAGCCUCCUGAAGUGCCCCUUCGGCAGAACGUAGACUAGCAGCACUUCCUACCAAGCUUCCCUCAGCACCGCAGUUACCACACCUCUUCCAGGCCCCACCCCACCCCCAAGUGAUGGCUUCUUCACGAGGUGAGGCUGGCUGCACUUUGACCCCGGACCAGAGAGGCUUCCCAGCUCCUUACAUUUGACCUUCUCUCCCCACUUUGGCUUAACAGCUCAUGCCACUUCUCACCUCCAGACUCUUAACUGGCCAAUGGUUUUUCUUGCUUUCAGUUCCCUGAUUCUUGGGGCAGGGUUUGGUCAAGAACUAGGCAUGGAAAGUGAGGCAGGUCAAGCUUGAGAAUGAGGGAGCCUGGGGCUUCUUGGCCAUAACCUGGGCGGGGGUGGGGGCAGGGGUCCCCUGCUUCAUUGGCUACAGUCCAAAACCAGUGUUCCUGCAUGCUGCCAAGGACCGAGGCAGGGGUUGUCCCCCACCCUAUCUCCCUCCCUCUGUCUCUUCCUCCUAUACCCCUACCUUGGGCCUGCUUUCCUAUUAGAGCCAGGUCACCCUGGGGGCCGGAGAGGAGCCUUGCACUACCUUGUUAACCAGUUCUCAUUUAAAUAAAAGGCAUUUCCUUUUUU